CUUGUAUGGUCCAGACGACGCCAGUGACUAUGCUACUUACCCUCAACGCCAUUUCGAAACUAGAACUCUGAGGGACUGGAACAGAGGAAUGAAAGAAGAGGAGGUACAGGUGGUGAAUUGUGGGAUCUGAAAAGACAAGAAUGAAGGAUGGUGAGAAGAUGCGCGCAGAGACAUGGAAUCACAUAGACAGACACAGAGGGAGCAAGCACUCAAGAAGGUUAGAGAAGAAAAAUACAUCAAUCUUGGAGGUUGGAAGCUGAGGCUUGGACGCUUUGGGCAGACCGCGCCACCAUUACUGAAGGUUUGGACAUUUCUCACAGCGGACACUCAUGAGGGUGUAGGAAAUGGUGUAACUGAGGUGGCGAUCAUCAUUGCGACAACCUUGGCUGUUUGAAAGAAUGUAGCUGUUGCUGAGAACUGUCAUAGAGUGUGGAUUGGAGAGGUGGCAACAACAAACUCUGGUGUUCCGC